AUGGACGAGGAGUUGGUUGCUAAGACGGUCCGCGCAUGGAUACUGGGAUUCAUCUUCACUACACUUGGUGGCGGCUUGAACAUGUUCUUGAGCAUGAGAGUGUUCAACACUUUGCGCUUCGUUGAAUUUUUAACCCGGGACCUUUCACAAUUAAGGUGGACACAGUUGUUACUGUAUGAUAUUCCGCCCCACAAAUGUUCUUUAAGCAAAACGGGGAACUUUGUUAAUGAAACCUUUGUCAUAGCUUAUAACCAAGCUAUCUUCCAUGAUGUGGCCAACGGUUUCCUGGAAUCAUCUGAGAGGGUCUCGCAUUCAAGGAUCAAACCAAAUAAUGUUGUUGUCAAUCAGCAAUUUGGUGAAUUUACAGGGUUGUCAUUGAUCCCAUUGACCUUCGAUUGGACCUACAUAUCGAGUUACCUUCUCAGCCCUAUGCUAUCGCCAACUCAUUCGCAUGUGAACACUUUAAUAGACUUGGUAAUAGCUACAUAUAUCGGUAUCACCAUUUCAGGGGCGCUCACAUCCUCCACCUUUGACAAUACCCAAAAUUUCUACAAUGCCUCCCGUAUUGUCGGGCCAGAUUUUACAUUCGACGACGUAGCCAAGUACAAGGAGUAUUCGCCUCUGUUUCUGGUCCCCACAUAUGUCCUGAACUAUGGACUCUCCUUUGCCACCCUCACCGCUGUUGUUGUGCGCAUUAUUCUUUUCCAUCGGAAGGAAAUCAUUUACAGACUGAAGGCUGCGAAAAAUCAGGAAUCUGAUAUACACAUGAAGUUGAUGCGGAACUACCCGGAAUGUCCUGAAUGGUGGUAUGGAGCUCUAUUCCAAGUCUAGCUACCGGCGAAGAAUAUGCUUCACAACUGCCUUGGUGAGCUUUCUUCGUUUCAGUCGUCUCGAAUUGGUAUUUGUUGUAUGUGCUCCUAAGCCCCUUGUUAACUUAGCAAACUUCUACUAAAUCGAACAGAUCCAAACUUGCAUGUUGAUGGAGAUAACAAACGUUAGACUUUCGCUUAAUGUUAUGUCUCCUUUCA